AUGCCUUACAACACCACAGCCAUCCCUCCCAAGAAGGAGCCGACAGGCCAGGCCCAGCUACCUUUAUCGCGAAUCAAGAGGAUCAUUGCGCAGGACCAGGAUAUUUCCAUCUGCUCAAACAACGCCGCAUUUGUCAUAACCAUGGCCGCAGAGAUGUUCAUACAACACCUGUCAGAGGAGGCGCAUCACCAAGUUAAGAUUGACCCCAAGCCCCGCCGCAACAUUCAGUACAAAGACGUCGCCAACGCCGUGGCCCGCCAGGAGAGGCUAGAGUUCCUCGAGGACGUGGUGCCCAAGACCGUCCCGUACAGGAACAUCAAGGCCCACUCCGCAGAGACACAGUCGCGCCUCAAAACAGUCAACGCAGCAGGAGGGGGCGAUGAACCGUCCAUGGAACGCCCACGUACCGCUACCAACGGCAGCACCACCACGUCUAUCGUGAACGGAGACUCGACGUUUGGCAUGCUCACGAGCCCCAGGGCGGCGGCGGCGGUGAACGCGACACCGACCCACCCCGCGUCCGUGGCGGCUCUGGUGUCGGAGGAAGACCCGAGCCAGCAGCUAGAGCUGGAGAUGAGGCAAGCAAAUGGACAGAGAGGGCACGACGGGGAUGUCCACAUGUCAGGCUAG